ACCUAAGUUUCAGACUUUACUCAAUUUGUACUUUGAGGUCAGAUGAGAAAACGAUACACGAAAGAUUGUGGGUGAAAGAGAGAGAGGAAAAGGGGCACGAAAGUCAUUUCCCAUUAUCCUUUUGAGUGUGGUUGUUUAUAUUCAUAUUAUAGUGUUGUGUAAAGCUCAUCAUUUAUUUCAUAUCAACCCACUACAACAGUGGAAAGAACAAAGCAUGGAGAAAGUGUGGAAUGGAAUCGAAAAGUCCUCUGAAUCAUGCGACAUGUUGAAGACUGUUCCAGCACUGGCGCUGUACCUUGGAUUCAUUCACUUCAACUUCAUCUUCAUCCUCUUCGCCACCUUCUUCCUUUCUCUUUCAAAAGCACUCUUGGUGUUCGGUUUCCUCUUCCUGUUCGUCGUGAUUCCUGUCGACAAAAACAGCAUGUUUGGUCGAAAAUUGUCAAAAUACAUUUGCAAGCACAUUUGCUCCUAUUUUCCCGUAAAGCUUCACCUAGAAGAUCCAAAGGCCUUUCGUCAUAAUCGUGCUCAUGUGUUUGGUUAUGAACCACACUCAGCUUUUCCACUUGGCAUGGUUGCACUUGCUGAAAACGCAGGUCUCAUGCCCCUUGCAAAAACAACAUUUCUAGCUAGCAGCGCCGUUUUCUAUAUACCAUUUUUGAGACACGUAUGGACAUGGAUGGGAUUUACUGCAGUCACAAAGAAAAAUUUCAUUUCCUCCUUGGAAGCUGGCUACAGUUGCAUUUUAGUGCCUGGUGGAAUUCGAGAAGCACUUUUUUUGGAGCCCCAUUCUGAGGUACACUUGUCUUUCUUUUCUCCACCCUAUACUACUGUUUUCAUUAUUUGGGUUUUUGCACCAAACUAG